AUGCCAAACACAUCCGAAAAUCCUGCGAGUCCAUCAAAACCAUUAAGUAUGCAAAGGCAGACCGUCAGCCAAGAGGAAGAGGACCGCCACCUGAUCGGGACGUCGGCCACCGUAACCCGGCGGGCUUCCAGCGGUGAGCUCCAGCUUCCCCGCACCUUCCCGGUCACGCACUCCCGGGAGAAGUUCUACACCGUCUGCUCUGACUACGCACUGCUCAACCGGGCCGUGAGAAAGGACGACGGGGAUAAAGCUGCCUGCGACUUCCGGCCGGGUCAGUCGGCGGCGGUUUCCGACGGCGACUUUGACAUGGAGGACCUGACGCUCGGAGGAGCCAAGACCACACUGGCUUGGGAGAUAGACACUACAGACUUCAAAGCGCUGCUCACACGCAAAAUAAGGACAGGUAGCGUAAAGAAGUGCAGCAGCAAAAAGAUGAAGUCAGAUCGACCCAUCAGGAACCUUCUGGAAGUCCCACCUCAGCCCUCGCUAGAAGAUGUCAAGCAAAGGAAGGUUCUAGAUCUCCGAAGAUGGUAUUGCAUCAGCCGGCCUCAGUACAAGACAUCUUGCGGGAUCUCUUCGCUGGUGUCCUGUUGGAACUUCCUGUACAGCACGCUGGGCGCAGGAAGUCUGCCACCCAUCUCCCAGGAGGAGGCGCUACACAUCCUGGGCUACCAGCCACCCUUCGACGACAUCAAGUUCGGCCCUUUUACCGGCAACGCCACCCUAAUGCGAUGGUUCCGGCAAAUCAACGACCACUUCCGCGUGCGGGGCUGCUCGUACAUCCUGUACAAACCACACGGUAAACACAAGACAGCGGGAGAGACGGCUGAGGGAGCCUUGGGCAAGCUGACAAUGGGCCUGCGGGACGAGUCCAUGGCCUACGUCUACCACUGCCAGAACCACUACUGCUGCCCGCUCGGAUACGAAGCCACGCCCCUCAAAGCAGCUAAAGCGUACAGGGGUCCUCUGCCCACCAACGAGAUGGAGCAUUGGAUCCUGAUCGGAGAACCCAGCAGGAAGCAUGCAGCCAUUCACUGUAAAAAGUGGAUGGACAUUGUCACAGACCUCAACACCCAGAAUCCAGAAUACCUGGACAUCCGCCACACGGAGAAAGGAAUCCAGAGGCGAACCACCAAAAAGGUGGGUGGAAACCUGCACUGCAUUAUGGCCUUCCAGCGGGUCAACUGGCAGAAGCUAGGCCCCUGGGCCCUCAACCUGGAGAACCUGCGCCACACUGGAAGCGAGGCAGAGGACACCAAGCGCUUCGCCCAGAUGGGACGCUCACACAGUACAGGCAGCCAAAAAGACGCCCCCUGGAGGCAUCUGUCCAACACUGCAGACCACCGGCAGAAAAGCUCACCUGAUAGUGACAUCGAUGAAGAUGAUGCAGAAUGA